CUCGCUCGCGCUCGCCCUCGCGGCGGCGGCGGCGGCGGCGGCGCAGGCGGGGAAGACGCGCAGCGGCCAUUCCGUGCGCGCCGGCCCCGGCGGCCGCGGGCGGAGCCAGCCCCCAUUUCGAGCGGGGCUUCUCCCUGCGCGGAGCCUGACAAAAUGGGGGCGGCGGCGGCGCGGGCCUGCGGGGCCUGCCGGGUGCACGUGGCGGCCUCGGGCCUGGGAGCCGGGCCGCGUCGGCCGCGCGGCCACCGGUGAAGUUCUGGGGGCGGGGGCUCGCCCCGCGCGGGAGGCACCCCAACUUUCACGGCUCCGAAAAAUACUCCCCGAGUUGGGGGAGGGGGCCACCGAGCCACGAGCAGGAGUGGCUUUUGUCCCUCAUCCUUGUUUACUCUGAGAAACUUCAGACCGGACGUGUUUAGUCAGAACAGAAAUACAUCUCAGGGCCAAACCGAUAGGAAACGAGGCUGCCUCGCGGUGGCACCGCCACCCUCCAGCCGGGUUCCGAGCACCGGAGCUGGCUGCAGCUCCCUCUUCGGAGCAAAGUUUUAUGCAAAGAGGGUGUUUUUGAAAACUUUCGGUGCACGAAAAAUAACUAAACAUGGGCAAAGGAGAUCCUAAGAAGCCGAGAGGCAAAAUGUCAUCAUAUGCAUUUUUUGUGCAAACUUGUCGGGAGGAGCAUAAGAAGAAGCACCCAGAUGCUUCAGUCAACUUCUCAGAGUUUUCUAAGAAGUGCUCAGAGAGGUGGAAGACCAUGUCUGCUAAAGAGAAAGGAAAAUUUGAAGAUAUGGCAAAGGCCGACAAGGCCCGUUAUGAAAGAGAAAUGAAAACCUAUAUCCCUCCCAAAGGGGAGACAAAAAAGAAGUUCAAGGAUCCCAAUGCACCCAAGAGGCCUCCUUCGGCCUUCUUCCUGUUCUGCUCUGAGUAUCGCCCAAAAAUCAAAGGAGAACAUCCUGGCCUGUCCAUUGGUGAUGUUGCGAAGAAACUGGGAGAGAUGUGGAAUAACACUGCUGCAGAUGACAAGCAGCCUUAUGAAAAGAAGGCUGCGAAGCUGAAGGAAAAAUACGAAAAGGAUAUUGCUGCAUAUCGAGCUAAAGGAAAGCCUGAUGCAGCAAAAAAGGGAGUUGUCAAGGCUGAAAAAAGCAAGAAAAAGAAGGAAGAGGAGGAAGAUGAGGAAGAUGAAGAGGAUGAGGAGGAGGAGGAAGAUGAAGAAGAUGAAGAUGAAGAAGAAGAUGAUGAUGAUGAAUAAGUUGGUUCUAGCGCAGUUUUUUUUUCUUGUCUAUAAAGCAUUUAACCCCCCUGUACACAACUCACUCCUUUUAAAGAAAAAAAUUGAAAUGUAAGGCUGUGUAAGAUUUGUUUUUAAACUGUACAGUGUCUUUUUUUGUAUAGUUAACACACUACCGAAUGUGUCUUUAGAUAGCCCUGUCCUGGUGGUAUUUUCAAUAGCCACUAACCUUGCCUGGUACAGUAUGGGGGUUGUAAAUUGGCAUGGAAAUUUAAAGCAGGUUCUUGUUGGUGCACAGCACAAAUUAGUUAUAUAUGGGGAUGGUAGUUUUUUCAUCUUCAGUUGUCUCUGAUGCAGCUUAUACGAAAUAAUUGUUGUUCUGUUAACUGAAUACCACUCUGUAAUUGCAAAAAAAAAAAAAAAGUUGCAGCUGUUUUGUUGACAUUCUGGAUGCUUCUAAGUAAAUACAGUUUUUUUAUUAGUAUUGUUGUCCUUUUCAUAGGUCUGAAAUUUUUCUUCUUGAGGGGAAGCUAGUCUUUUGCUUUUGCCCAUUUUGAAUCACAUGAAUUAUUACAGUGUUGAUCCUUUCAUAUAGUUAGCUAAUAAAAAGCUUUUGUCUACACACCCUGCAUACCGUAAUGGGGGUAAAGUUAAGUUGAGAUAGUUUUCAUCCAUAACUGAACAUCAAAAGUCUUGAUCAGUUAAGAAAUUUCACAUAGCCCACUUAUAUUUACAAACUGAAGAGUAAUCAGUCUACUCAAAGCAUGGGAUUAUUAGAAUCAAACAUUUUGAAAGUCUGUCCUUGAAGGACUAAUAGAAAAGUAUGUUCUAACCUUUACAUGAGGACUCUAUUCUUUAACUCCCAUUACCAUGUAAUGGCAGUUAUAUUUUGCAGUUCCCACAUUAAAGAAGACCCGAGAAUGUAUCCCCAAAAGCGUGAGCUUAAAAUACAAGACUGCCAUAUUAAAUUUUUUGUUGACAUUAGUCUCAGUGAAGACUACGAAAAUGCUGGCUAUAGAUGUCUUUUCCCAUUUAUCUCAAUAUGGACUGCUCAGGAAAUGAGACUUUCCAUUACAAGUAUUUUUAAUUAAUUGGGCCAGCUUUUAAAAUGAAGAUGCCACAUUCAAAAUAGGGUAUAUUUUCCUAUAUUAUGGUUUGCCCCUUUAUAAAUCCAAGUAGGAGGAAAGAAGACACUUAAACUUUGCAUCUCAGUAUGAAUUAUUCAAUUUAUUUGAAUGAUUUUUCUUUACAAAAACUCAGUCAUUAUCUGCUUAGCAGUUUAGGGAACAAUUUGGCAAUUUUGUGGUUUUCGAGAUUAUCGUUUUCUUAAAGUGCCAGUAUUUUAAAAUAGCGUUCUUGUAAUUUUACACGCUUUUGUGAUGGAGUGCUGUUUUGUUAUAUAAUUUUGACUUGGAUUAUUUCCAUUUGCAUUUGUUUAUGUAAUUUCAGGAAGAAUACUGAACAUCUGAGUCCUGGAUGAUACUAAUAAACUAAUAAUUGCAGAGGUUUUAAAUAUUAGUUAAAUGGCUUUCACUUAAGAAUUUAAGAUUUUGUUACAUAUUUUUAAAUCUUGUUUCUAAUAAUACCUCUUAGUAUCUUUUAAAUAAGUAUAAGGGAUGGCAAAGUUUCCCUUUAAAAAUACUCACUUUAUGCUUAUAAAUAGGUUAAUGGGCUGAUAAAAAGUUUUGUCAAACAUUGCAAGUACUCGGUGCUAUAUAUAAAUGAGGAAAAACUAGUUUUACUUUCAGAAUGAUUUAAACAAGAUUUUUAAAAAGAUACAUGCAAGUGAAAAGCAGGGUUAGUGAUAGGCUGCAAUUGUGUCAACAUCAGAUUUUUUUGUUAAGAGGAACAAAUGACUCAAUCUGAUUUAAAUGGAAGUUUCUACUGUAUAGAAAUAACCAUUGUCAACAUUAGUAAUUCUGAUCAGUUUAAAAUGAAUUCUGGCUCCAGGAGACUUUGUAACUUUAGUAGGUAUGUCAUGACAACUACCAUUUUUUUGAUGUUGAGAACGGGAACAGUUUUUUAAGGUUUAUUCUUGACCACAGAUCUUAAGAAAAUGGACAAAAACCCUCGUCAAUCUGAAGAUUAGUAUACUUUGGUUUGGUGUUCCAACAGUAUCCCCUGGAAGUUGGAUGUCUAAAACUCAAGUAAAUGGAAAUAGGAGGCAAUUUGGAUAAUUAAGUGUGAAACCCUGUAACUGAAGAUAAUUUUUUUUAGAAAGUGUAUAGAAACUAUUUUAAUGCCAAGAUAGUUACAGUGCUGUGGGGUUUAAAGACUUUGUUGACAUUAAGAAAAGACUAAACAAUCUAUAAUUAAUUGGGCCAACUUUUAAAAGGAAGAUGCUUUUUAAAACUAAUGAACUAAGACGUAUAAAUCUUAGUUUUUUUGCAUUUUAAAGAGGCAUAUGGCAUAUUGAUUAACGAGUCAAAUUUCCUAACUUUGCUGUGCAAAGGUUGAGAGCUAUUGCUGAUUAGUUAUCAUUAGUUCUGAUGAUCGUCCCAUCACAGUGUUGUUAAUGUUUGCUGUAUUUAUUAAUAAUUUUCUUAAAGUGAAAUCUGAAAAA